GAGAAGUUCGUCUGUUGUCCAGAGCCUUGGGUGCUUCUCGAAGCUGUUCUGGUUGUACGCCGUAAACCUCUCUACUACAUAGUGAAUCUCGUUAUUCCGACAUCCGUUAUCACAAUGGUCGCCGUCACCGGCUUCUUUACUGCAGCGUCAACUAGCACUGAAAGACGUGAAAAGCUGUCCCUCGGCAUUGAUUCGCUGUUAGCGAUGUCGAUCUUGAUGAUGAUGGUCUCGGAGCAGAUGCCGACUACGAGUGACUAUGUGCCGCUUUUU